GAACCGAACCAGCGACAGGCCAACCGCGACUCGGGCAUGCAAUUGCCAUGCGCGAGACAACCUUCCACACACCCGGUGCUGCGCCACUGCGUCGCGCUCCUCCGCCUCCACCUGCCGUCUCCCUCCGUCGCUGCGGCCAAGCAGAUCCACGCGCGCGCGCUCCGUGCGACUGGCGUGACCCUCUCCCACCCUCUCCUCGCCAAGCACCUCCUCUUCCACCUAGCUUCCCUCCGCGCCGGCGCUCCCCCGCUCCUCUACGCCGUCGCCGUCCUCUCCCGCCUCCUCCCCGACCCGGACCCUUUCUCCCUCAACACCGUCCUCCGCAUCGCCGCGUCCUCGGCGCGCCCACGCCUCGCGCUCGCGCUCCACCGCCGCCGCCUCGCGCCGCCCGACACGCACACCUACCCGCCGCUCCUCCAGGCCUGCACACGCCUCCUCGCCCUUCGCGAAGGCGAGAGCCUCCACGCCGAGGCCGCCAAGAACGGCCUGGUGGCGCUCGUCUUCGUCAAGAACUCGCUUGUCCACCACUAUGGUGCGUGCGGCCUCUUUGAGAGCGCCCACAGGGUGUUCGACGAAAUUCCGGUGCUGGAGCGGAACCUCGUCUCCUGGAACUCCGUGAUGAACGGGUUCGCGGCCAAUGGCAGGCCCAACGAGGUACUGACAAUCUUCCGGGAGACGUUCGAGGUGGACCUCAUGCCGGAUGGAUUCACCAUUGUGAGUGUUUUAAAUGCGUGCGCAGAGAUCGGGGCGCUCGCUCUCGGGAGGAGGGUGCAUGUGUUUGCGUCCAAGGUUGGGUUAGUAGGGAACAGACAUGUUGGUAAUGCGCUGAUUGAUCUGUAUGCCAAGUGCGGCGGAGUUGAGGAUGCAAGGAAGGUGUUUGAGGAGAUGGGGGUGGGAAGGACCGUGGUCUCAUGGACGUCACUGAUCGUGGGUUUGGCAGGGAAUGGGUUUGGGAAGGAUGCGCUUGAGCUGUUCGGUCUGAUGGAGAGGGAGAAGCUUAUCCCUACUGAUAUCACUAUGGUAGGAGUGCUGUAUGCUUGUAGCCACUGCGGGUUGGUUGACGAUGGGUUUCGAUAUUUCAAUGAGAUGAAGGACAAGUACGGCAUAGCACCAAAGAUUGAACAUCUUGGAUGUAUGGUGGAUCUGCUGGGGAGAGCUGGAAGAGUUGAGGAAGCGCACGAUUAUAUCAGCACGAUGCCACUGGAGCCCAAUGCUGUUGUGUGGCGGACAUUGCUAGGUGCUUGUGCUAUGCACAAGAAGCUGGAACUUGGGGAGGCUGCUUGGUCACGGCUGGUUGAGCUUGACCCUGGGCACAGCGGCGACCAUGUCCUCCUCUCAAAUCUGUAUGCUGCUGUUGGGAGGUGGGCAGAUGUCCAUGUCCUUAGGAAGACAAUGGUCACGCAUGGAGUGAGGAAAAUCCCAGGGCAUAGCCUUGUGGAGAUCCGCAACUCCGUGUAUGAGUUUGUUAUGGGCGACAGAUCACAUCCUGAGAGUGAUCAGAUAUACCUAAUGCUUGCCGAGAUAGCCGAGAGAUUGAGGCGCCAAGGUUACGUCCCCCGCACAAGCAAUGUAUUGGCAGAUAUAGAGGAGGAAGAGAAAGAGGCUGCUUUAAACUACCAUAGCGAGAGGCUGGCCAUUGCCUUUGCCUUGCUGAAGUGUCUUCCUGGUACUCCUAUCAGGAUAGUGAAGAACUUGAGGGUGUGUGGAGACUGCCAUUUGGUAAUUAAGUUAAUAUCUAAGGUAUAUGACCGUGAAAUCAUUGUUAGGGAUCGCAGUAGGUUCCACCAUUUCAAAGGUGGAGAAUGUUCAUGUAAAGAUUAUUGGUAGUUGAUUCAUGUACGGACUGACAGUGAUGAAUGCAUGGUUUAUGAGGUUCCAUGCCCUAUAAUCAGGGGAAUGGUGGUGACCUUUGGUUGCCGAACAGUUCUAUAGAACUUCAUUUGUCGACACCGCAUGUUUUGACUCAACCACAGCAUCUGGUUUCUGUUGCACAGGACUACUCCAGUGAAAGCAUUGGGGCGACCUCAUCUGUUGCAGAUCGCUGCAAUCUCAGUCUUGGUCUAACUCACUAAAUGUGUAGUGGAAAAAAUAAGCUUCAGGACAUGGCACAUCAGAAAGCAAGGUUGAAGCUGGAUACUGCCAGCACCAUUCUAGUGUUGGAAAUAUUAUGAUGAACGUUUCCGAGUCCUGGUUGUACAACUUCUGUAGAAGUUCAGAUGUCGAAACAUGUGUUGAUUCAGCCACAGUAUCCAAUUUCUGAAUGGAAGUGUGGCGGUAACCUCAUCUAUUAUUCAUAUCUAGUAGAACUUACAAAAUGUGGAGGUAGGAAACAGAAGCAACCAGAGAUACAGCAGAAAGCAGGUUUGGAGCUGAUACUGCUAGUAUAUACUUCAAUUCUAAUGCCGCACCUGUAUUUUAGAAUUUGCACCUCUAAAAUAGUCUGCAUUGUCAAAGAAUCUACCAGUAUCCUACUGUUUGGUAUGCUCCAUGGGAUAUUACUGUGACAUAUCAUUAAGAUUUUCUGUUUUUUCUCAGACAGUAAGGUUGUCUUGAAUGAAUGUUCUGUUUCUUGUAAUCAAAGAUUCACAGUAGAUGAUUGGCAUGAUAAAGCUAGGGAUGAUACAGUUUGCAGGGUUCCUCAAUCUAUGGGAUUUGGUCGCCCAUACAAAUCUGAUGCCUCAUGUUGAAGAUGAGUUCUGGUGGAUGUGGACCCUAGACAAAGUGUAUUCGGGAAAGACAGUUUACACAGCCUUUUCCCCACUAGGGUGGAGGCCAACUUCGCAAGCAUGAUCUGGAAGUCAUGAGUGCCUGCUGAGUGUCGAUUCUUCGCGUGGCUAGCAGCAUGGGAUUGCUGCUGGACUGCGGACCGUUUGCAAUGGAGAAGCCUCGACCACCCAGUCCGAUGCCCACUUUGCGAUGAAGAUCAGGGGACUUUGCCUCACCUUCUGAUCGGGUGCAUCUGAGUCCAGGGAAGUGUGGUCGGAAGUUUUUAGUCAUGACAAUGCCAGGAGUGGAUUCCAUAGCAGGAUGGCAUCUUGUUGGACUGGUGGGCUCAGAGGACUGCCCCUCCAGGGCAAAUACAUGAUCUUCACACUGCGUGCAUUUUAACGAUCUGGAGCAUAUGAAAGUAGGGUGGAUAAAUAGAAGGUAAAAGUUUUCUGCGGCAUUGUAACUGUGUAUUCUAUCUAGAAGAAAAAUAUACAAACAAGAAAAGUACAAUGACAUGAGCCCUUUUUUUAAUAGACAAUGACAUGAGACAUGUUUUGCGGGUGGUUCUGUAACUAGUAUAUUGGUAUGUGUAUAAGAUACCUGAAUGGCACCUCUCCCAUUAAUCCA